AUGGCUAUCAACACAGAUGUGGAGGACUGGGGUGGAAUGGGCAGCACAGACCCUGGAGAAAGGGCCAGGCUGCUGCAGAGCCCUAGUGUGGACUCUGUACCCCUCAUAGAGGGGGAGCGGAGGGCCGGUGGAGUGUCUCCUAUUGCAGCUGUAUUCAUCGUAGUUAAUGCUGCGCUCGGAGCCGGAUUACUCAAUUUUCCGGCAGCUUUCAGUAUGGCUGGAGGAGUUACAGCAGGAGUGAUGCUGCAAAUGUUCAUGCUGAUCUUCAUCAUCAGUGGGUUGGUGAUCCUCGGUUACUGCUCGCAGGUCAGUAAUGAAAGCUCAUAUCAAGAGGUCGUACGAGCCACAUGUGGGAAGGUGACUGGAAUUUUAUGUGAAGUAGCCAUUGCCAUUUACACUUUUGGCACCUGCAUUGCCUUCUUCAUUGUUAUUGGAGAUCAACUGGAUCGCUUAAUUGAAGCUGCAAAUCAUGAUGGUUCAGACAGCCACCAGUGGUACAUGGAUCGGAAGUUCACUAUUUCUGUGACAGCAGUUCUGGUUAUACUUCCUCUGUCUAUUCCCAAAGAAAUUGGAUUUCAGAAAUAUGCCAGUGCAAUAAGUGUAAUAGGAACCUGGUAUGUUACAAUAGUGGUCAUUAUUAAGUAUAUCUGGCCAGAUAAAAAUGGCAUGCCAGGCUACAUUCCCGUCAGCUCUACAUCAUGGACGGCUGUGUUCAAUGCAAUGCCCACUAUCUGCUUUGGCUUCCAGUGUCAUGUCAGCUGCGUGCCCGUCUUUAACAGUAUGACUAAAAAAGAGAUCAAACCCUGGGGUCUUGUCGUAACUCUGAGCAUGAUCAUCUGUCUCUUUGUCUAUACCGGAACAGGUGUCUGUGGCUUCUUGACAUUUGGCUCUAGUGUUCAGCAGGAUGUGCUGAUGUCCUAUCCCCCUGAUGACAUUGCUGUGGCCUUUGCAAGGGCUUUUAUUGUCGUUUGUGUUGUUACUUCCUACCCAAUCCUUCACUUCUGUGGAAGGGCCGUGAUUGAGGGGCUGUGGCUGCGUUUCCAAGGGGAGCAGGUGGAAGUGUGUGUUCGUCGUGAGCAGAGGCGGAGGAUUCUACAGACUUUGUUGUGGUUUCUCAUUACGCUCAUCCUGGCUCUUUUCAUACCUGACAUUGGGCGGGUAAUCUCCCUGAUUGGUGGCCUGGCUGCCUGCUUUAUUUUUAUUUUCCCAGGUUUAUGUCUAAUGCAAGCCAAACUAUCUGAGACAGACAACCAAUCGACCAGUUGGCAUGGGAUGGUCAUCUUCGGUGUGGUCAUGGUGACGCUCGGAGCUUUCAUUUUUGGCCUCACAACAUCAAAUUCAAUAUAUCAAGAUGUGAAGACGUGA